AUGCCCGAGAUGGAUGUAGAGGAGGUGGAUGGUUUCGACGACGUCUCCGACGAUGAAGGGCUCGCUUGGGCGGCUGGAACCCAAGAAACGACAUCCUGGAUCCGAGCAGAGGUGACGAUACCCGAAGGUUGCGAGGAAGGCGACGUGUUUGAGGUUUUGCUGGACGACAUUCCGUUCGAGGUCACCGUGCCGAAAGGCAAGAAGCCGAAUGACCUGCUUCAGCUCGAGGUGCCUGCAGACGAGUUGAAGAAGUCCCCAGACCCACCCGAACCAUCAGAGCCGCCCGAGCUUUCAGACCCACAAGAGUCUGAAGAGGGUGGGCAAGGCGGGCUUCAAGAUGAGAAGGAGCAUCGGCACGUGAGCUUCACGGAUGAAGAACCUGCGGUCGUUCUUUUUCGGCCAGAAGUUGGCGGCUUGCAAGGCCCCGAACAAACAUCGAGAGAGGAGCAAGGACAGCAAGGGGAUUGUGACAGGGUGGAGCUGACGGUCCCAUCCCAGUGCCGGCCUGGGGAUGUCUUGACCGUACGCACCGGCCAUUCGCAGAUGGAGCUCACAGUGCCCGAGGGCUGCAGGCCGGGUGACGUCUUGGAGGUGAAUCUGCCGGAAGGGACAGGAGGGAGCCUGGCGGAGGGGAGCCUGGCGGAAGAGAGUCCCGAGCAGAGUGUGGAGGAGGACGAGGAGGAGCCCCCGCCAACCGAAGCGCCCAUCGUCCUCGCACUGCUCGAUGGCAAGGCUGAGGAAGAGCCCAUCGUCCUCCAGCCAGAGAACGCCGAAGCCAAACAGGCCGAGCAGGCUGAAGCUGAAGAAGCUGAAAACGUGGCAGGCGAGGGUUUGGGGACUUCUGAGGAACCAGAAGCCGAGCUUUCCCAUGCACCAACCGAGCUGCAAAGCGAGCCUGAACUGGAAGGGCGCCCAGAACCUCUGCAGCCUGAGCCAGAGCUCAUGGAAGCGACACCUGAAUCGUGUCAGGAGGGGCCGGAUCCAGAAACAGAAACCUUGUCUGCAAAAGUGACGGAGCUUGAGGCUCGCAACGCAGAGCUGCAGGAAACCAUAUUCAAACUGGAGCGCGAGAAGAAGUUCCUGUCGAGCUCGCUUACAGCGUCGUUGACUACAUCUUACGCAAAAAGCCAGGUCUACCUGGGCAAGCACGCGAAGGAAGAAGCCAAUAGGCGCAGGCAACCAGCCAGUGAACAGAAGCAGGCCCAUGUCCAGACGGAGCCAGCCGGUCAAGCUUGGGGAGGCAUGCAGGCCAUGGGAGACCUCGGUUUGGCACCGAGCGCGCCGGCAUUGCCAGAGCUGCCGCAGACUUUGCCGAACGCGCGAGCACCACAUCUGGAGGACUGGGAGAAAGAUGAUGCUAGCAUCGCAACGUUAAAGAUGGCAGUGUUGACCCUCAAGCAGCAGAAGGAGGACUUGCGCCAGAAGCUUGCUGCAACGCAAAGAGAAAAGAUUAGGCUGGAACUUCAGGAACGAAAUUCUGUUCAGCUUGAAGCCUAUGCGCAUGCCUUGCUAUCCCUGAAGACGGAGAAUGCAGAGCUCAGGGAGAUAGCUUUGCAGGUGCUGAGGGGGAAGGAUGCGAGUCCGAACGAACAGAAGGUGCAGGUGCCGAGAGUCGCCGUCAAGGCCCGCAACAAGAUUUCCCAGAGCAGGCCAAAGUCUGCGGAAGCUGCCAGUAAGUGGCUGAAUGCCCCAUCGCCCUCUACCAAGCCAAGGCGGCACAAGGUCCUGCCCGUAGCCAUGGACGUUGAGGAUCUUGAGAACGAGGAUUUCGAUGGCGCCAGGAAAGUCGCGCCCGUCGCCCUGCCAGUUGGGCAUGCUGGAGGCUUGCAGGGCGCACCCAGGCGACUUCGCAGCCAGAGCGAUGGUUGUGUGAGACUCUCCAAGCCUGCCUCGGCCCGGCCGGCCUGCAAUCUGAGACUACCAGGCGCAAGGCCCGCCGCUUUGAGGGGAGAAGCUGGCCUUGAGGUCUUGGCAUCGCCGGGGGGCGCAUCCAAAGUGCCUGAGGCUCUUCCAGAGCCUGAUUUCGCAGCAGCGAGCCCGGUGCUGGGAGACUCGGCCUCCACCACAUCCGUGCUGGCCUGGUCAUCUUGGCGCCAGCGGGAUAAGAGCUGGGCACCCAACGGCCAGUCGAAGAACUCUCCUGACACCUCGACUGCCACCACAGAGGGCCGCCUAGCAACUGCAGCAAUCUAUGCGGGAGCUGCGAUGAAUGCCAACACACUGGGCUGGGGCGCGACUGCGCGAGCGGCGGAAGCCGCGGCGCGGCAGAAGUACACCUCGGAAUCGAAGAAGUUCUCUGGCGAUCCGGAUCUCUCAUCGCUUGAUGUGGCCCUGAUCGCUCCUUUGGCCGAUGACAUCACGCCUGCCCAGGUGAACGAGCGCUCGGCGAGUGGAGCUCUCGUCCUGGAGCCGGGACAGGCUCCGCAACUGCAGUGCGUGGAUCCGUCCAUCUGUGCUUCUCCCACAAAUGCCACUUACCUGGCCGCCGACGACGGCCAACUGCGCAGCUUCUUCAUCGGUGGUUCCUAUUUGGACGGAAAGGACCUUGCAGCGUGUUGUCCUCAGUUCAGUCUGGUAGACGACGGCACUGGCUACCGCGGGGAUGGCCUCCCCAUCUUCCGCCAUAGCUUCACCGGCGCAUUGCUGCUGGGGCACGCAGUUUUCCUUUGUCCAUCUACUGGUUCAGAGGAUCUCCAGCUGCUGUUCCGGCGUGGUCCGCUAUCCACGGUUCGCCGAUUUGGUCAAGGUCUCUUGGGCUGUGCAGAGCUUCUCUACGAGUUCAUCUCUGGAUCGGAUGAUGGCAUGAGUCCGAGGGAUGCAGGUUUCCAUGGCGGCUUCCUUGCCAUGCGACACGGACCGCGGAGCACUGCGAGCAUUGGUGAGACGGGAGGAAGCGAGUCUGACAGCAAGUGCUAUGUGCCUAUUGUCGUCGAUGUGCGGAGCUGCAGCGCAUGCACUCGAGAAAGUCUAGCAGGAAGAGACUUCGAUGGCGACGUUCUGGACGCCGAUUUCGUUUCGCUGACAGACGUGGAGGAAGCUGCAGGCUUCGUCUUCCAAGCAAUCGAGUGCCGGCUGGAAAGGGAGCUUCACAACAGCGACGGCGAGGGACGAGCAGUACGAAGUUUGGCGCACUUCCUGUCGUCCAUCGGUAGAACGGAGGAAGCUGCAAAACUGUGGCAACAGGCCAUCCAUAGCGACGAGGAGGGCAAGGACAGCAAGGACACCCUGCAGAUUGCACACGCCGCAUCGGCGCUGGCUUCCUGCCUCGACGACUUGGGCCGUGCGGAGGAGGCCGAGCCUCUCCACAGCAGGGCCCUGGCCUCCUUUGAGAGGGCCCUGGGCCGCUCCUGUCCAGAUGCAGCGUCUGCCCGGCUGGCGCUGAUGACCUCCCGCUACGUGCAAGGGCUGGCGAAGAAGCACGGCAUUCUGCCUUCAGCCGGAGAUGCUCUUCUUCGCAUGGAGGGCGCUUCAGCGCAUGCGCUUGCUACGAUCUUCAGCAAGGCCGUGAGUGCGGAGAAGGAGGAGGACUCGCAUGGCAGCGAGCUCUUUCACCGACAGGCCUUGGGCGUGUUGCGAAGAGCGCUAGGGCGUCAUCAUCCGGACACCUUGCACUGCUUGAACAACCUCGCUUUGUGCCUUGGGGACCAGGGCAAGCUAAAAGAGGCGGAGCAGCUGUUGCGCCGGACCCUGGCGGGCAUGGAGGUGGCGCUCCCACCCUCGCACCCUAGACCCAUCCAGGCGCUGAGCAACUUGGCCGGUUGCCUGGCGGAGCAGGGCAAUCUGGCCGAGGCGGAGCAGCAUCACCGGAAAGCUUUCCAAGCCUGCAAGCGCAAGCUAGGUUGGAAGCAUCCUGAAACUGCCGCUGCUGCGCAAAGCCUUGUGCAGUUUCUGAUGCUGCACGGUCACGCCACGGAGGCGGCCCUUCUUGAGUUGCAGGCGCAGCAGUUCGGGACGAGGCUGAUGGCGGCGACAAGGUGA